GUCCGCCGAAGAUAACCCAAGCCCCCAAGAACAGAAAAGUCGCAGAAGAUCUUACCGUCAGUUUCAUCUGUAAAGCCUCAGGGAAUCCAGCACCGGCCUUUCAUUGGGAACGUGGUGGUAAGAAAAUCAACGACAGACGCCAACGGUUUGAGAUCAACGACGCGCCGCACAUCACCGUGCUCCGGAUUAAGCAGGCCAAAGCUGGUCGAGAUGACGGUACUUUUACUUGUGUGGCCAACAACGGUUUGGGCGAGGCCAAAGCUGAUGCUUCGCUCAAGAUCUACCCGAAAGUUGAUGGCGUGGAUGGUACGAACCCAUGGGUUGUUAAGUAUGAAGAUUUCCCACCUGGAUAUCCACGCAUUGAGACCCACCCCAAGCUACGCUCUGUGGAGAAGGACCGAAGUGUUCUUCUCCAGUGUGACGUCAAGGGCGACCCCAAGCCCACUAUUACCUGGCUCAAGGACGGCUUUCCGGUAGACGAGACAGACCCCAGAAUCCAGAUUCUAGAAACAGGCUAUCUACAGAUCAGGAACAGCCAGGAGUCGGACGAGGCCACGUAUGAGUGCGUGGCCGAGAAUGAGUGGGGGGUGGCUUACUCCUACCGCGCCAUGAUUUACAUUAAGG